AUGGGCAAGCACUACUGCGACUACUGCGAUGUCUUUCUAACGCAUGACUCAGUCUCGGUGCGAAAGGCUCACAACAGCGGACGCAAUCAUCUCCAGAAUGUUCGCGAAUACUACCAGACGCUCGAACCGGAGCAGAUUCAGCAAGUGCUCGACACGCUGGCACACGAAUACGACCGACGUGGUAUCGAGAAGCCAAGAGAUCUUCUUCAACCUGCUGGCUCGUCCUUCAUGACCUUUGGAGCUGGACCGUUGAGCGGCGCUUCAGAUCGAGCAUUCCGACCACAAGGUCCGCCAAGAACAUCGAUGGGUGGAGGCGGCGGCAGUGGAGGUCCAGGCGCAGGCCCUGAUCGAGGCGGUGGCUAUCGCGGUGGAUCCAACAGCUACGGUCGAUAUGAUGGCUCGACCAGGGAUCAAGGACCGCCUCCGAAUUACAACCGUCCACCGCCUCAAGGCGGACCUUACUCUCGACCGCCUCCCAACAUGAUGGGUAGCGGGCCACCUGCAGGCAGCAACGGCUCAUAUCCCCCGAGAGGUCCACCACCUGGCUACGGAGGACCACCGCCAUCAAGCUAUCCAUCCGGGCCACCACCCAACAUGCGCGGGCCGCCGCCAUCUCUUGCUCCCAACGGCUCGUAUCCUGCGCAGUCUCGAUCGGGCUAUGGACCGCGUUGA